GUGCGUGUGUCGUAAAUACGAGGGAUCAGUGUUAAACGAUAAGAAUCGGCGGUGAAGUGCGCGUUUUCUGUGAAAUUGUAUGAGAAGACCGUCCGAAUCGAUACUCGCGUUACGUCGUGACGGAGAUGCAAUCGAACUAACGAGAAACACGAUCGUCCUGAAUCUAUUUCUUUAAAAAAAUUAAGAUUAUACGUUGCAAUAAAAAGAUUUCCCGUACAGUUGUAACACAUAAUUCACGUGAUAAAUAUGAAGACUCUCAGACAUUCAGUCUCGUAUAAUUUACAUCCGUUUGUAACCAUCCGUUCUUUUAACGUAUGGAUUUAGGACGGCGUGAAAAUGAGCUCUUUAAUUGCGCGAAGUAUUAUAAAGAAAAUCGUUCCGUAGCUCAUUCUCAAUGUAGAAUCGCGAGAACUUGAAGAGAUCUACUUCUCGAGUGUUGCGUUAUCUCUCGAUUGUUUCGCAAAAAAUUCCAAUGCAUUAGUGCAAAUUCCAUAUUUCUCGAUCAUUCCGCUAUCUUCUAUUAUCUCUUAGAAAAUUGCAUUUAUCGAUGUAUAAUAUGAGAGAAACACGGUAUUUAAAAGUAAGAUACGAAGAGCCUCUCAGCGACAGUACGGUAAAACUUUAUUAAAGAUCCAAUUUAUUAUUUCCUAUUUAAAUCACUAAUCGCAACGAGGUCUCGCGAUAUUGAUUUUCGUGCUUCCGCCUGCUGGAAAUAUCGCGAAUUCUCGCUUUAUCUUAUCUAGGUGCGCGGUUUUAACCGGCGCCUCUUCCAACCGAAAAUCAGGUAGUAAGGACUGUCCAGAGUCGGGUCCGCGCGAUUUACAAGAUGUCGAGGUGAAGUUGAUCGUAUUAAAUAUUGAUAUUUUGUCUUCCUGUUGGCUUUCGCAAGCGCAGACUAAAGAAGACGGCGAAGAGACAUGGGCGCGCAGACAGCUGACACCGGGGGUGGCUUGAGGCCGGAAGUUUCGAAUCGCGGUAGGAAAUUGGAGCUCGGAAAUAUGGAGCGAGGACUGCACGAGCGUGAUCGAGUCGGAGUUCAGGACUUCGUUCUUCUGGAGGAUUUCCAAAGUGAAUCAGCUUUCAUCGAUAACCUGCGCAAGCGAUUCAACGAGGAUCUUAUUUACACGUACAUCGGUCAGGUGUUAGUGUCGGUAAAUCCAUAUAAGAAACUACCUAUCUAUACUCCGGAAACAAUUCAAUAUUAUCACAGAAGGAACUUUUUCGAGGCGCCUCCUCACAUCUUCGCUCUCGCGGAUACCGCCUAUCAAUCCCUGUCAAAAGAGAACCGCGACCAGUGUAUCCUGAUUUCAGGCGAAUCCGGAUCUGGAAAAACGGAAGCAUCCAAAAAAGUUUUGGAAUUUAUUGCGGCGGCCACCGGACAUAAGAAGCAAGUUGAGGAAGUGAAUGACAAACUAAUAGGCAGCAAUCCGGUGCUGGAGGCGUUCGGUAACGCGAAGACCAAUCGCAAUGAUAAUUCUUCUCGUUUCGGCAAAUACAUGGAUGUUCAAUUCAAUUUCCAGGGAGAUCCGGUCGGUGGAAAUAUCCUGAAUUACCUGUUGGAGAAAUCCCGAGUUGUUCAUCAGUCCGCUGGCGAACGCAAUUUUCAUAUCUUUUAUCAGCUUUUGGCAGGCACGGACGAUGAAACAUUAAGAAGAUUAUUUCUGAAACGAAACUUGGACACUUUCUUUUACCUGAGCAACGGAACAAAAGGUACAGUGGAUACCAUCGACGAUGCUAAUCAGUACAAGGAGGUUGUUAAGGCCAUGAAAACUAUGGAGAUGUCCCAGCAAGAACAGGACGAUCUGUUCGCCAUAGUCGCGUCAGUACUGCAUAUGGGUAAUGUGGGCUUUACGGAGGAAGACGGUGUAGCGACAAUCCUAAAACCAGCGUCAGUCGACGCUGUUGCUGCGUUAUUAGGAUGUGACGUAAAGCGACUGGCGAAGGCAUUCACUCAUCGUACCAUAAAUGCACAGGGAGACGUCGUAGUUUCACCCUUGAAUAGAGAAUUAGCUAUCUAUGCACGAGACGCUCUAGCCAAGGCCGUGUACGAUAGAUUAUUCACUUGGCUUGUGACCAGACUUAAUAAGUCACUACAGCCACUCACUAAUCCCCACCGUAAAAUGAUUAUGGGUAUUUUGGAUAUUUACGGUUUUGAGAUCUUUCGAAAGAACAGCUUCGAACAAUUUUGCAUCAAUUUCUGCAACGAGAAACUUCAACAGCUGUUUAUCCAGCUAACACUGAAAUCUGAGCAGGAGGAGUAUUUACGCGAAGGAAUAGCCUGGGAGAAUAUACAAUACUUCAACAAUAAAGUUAUCUGCGACUUAAUCGAGGAAAAAUAUAAAGGAAUAAUAUCAUUAAUGGACGAAGAAUGUUUGCGGCCUGGAGAACCGACAGACCUUAGCUUCUUGGAAAAGUUGAAUGUAAAUCUGAACAACCAUCCUCACUACAUCAGUCAUCAGAAAGCGGAUAUACAAACGCAAAAGAUUAUGGGCAGAGAUGAAUUUAGAUUAAUACAUUAUGCCGGUGACGUGACGUAUAACGUACGCGGAUUUCUCGAAAAGAACAAUGAUCUACUAUUUCGGGAUUUACGCGAAGUUAUGUCGCACACGACGAAUUCCAUCACGAAGACCGUGUUUGAUGUGAAAGAUUUAACCAGCAAGAAACGUCCAGAGACUGCAGUGACUCAAUUCAAAAAUAGCUUAAACAAUCUGGUCGAAAUCCUCAUGGGCAAAGAACCAUCCUACAUUCGUUGCAUCAAACCCAAUGAUUUUAAGAUGUUCCAUCAAUUUAACGAGAAGAUCGUUCUACAUCAAGUAAAGUACUUGGGCUUGAUGGAAAAUUUGCGAGUUAGGCGUGCUGGUUUCGCAUAUAGAAGACCGUAUGAGCAAUUUCUACAACGUUACAAGUGCCUCUCCUCAGAAACAUGGCCGAAUUAUCAUGGUUCAGCGAAGGAAGGCGUACGAAUGCUUGUAUGUCAUCUUGGCUACCAGCAGGACGAAUAUAGGAUGGGCAACACAAAGUUGUUCAUUCGAUUCCCCAAGACGUUAUUCAACACAGAAGAUGCGUUUCAGAUGAAGAAGCACGAAAUAGCUGCCAUCAUUCAAAGCAAAUGGAAAUGUAUAUUAGCAAGAAGAAGAUAUUUGAAUAUGCGGGCAGCAGCAAUCGUCUUCCAAAAAUAUAUACGCAGAUGGCAUGCAAAACGAAUAGCGAAAAAACGACGAAAUGCGGUUAUCACUAUUCGCAGAUUUAUCCAAGGAUUUAUUACUCGAGACGGGCCUCCUACCGAGAUUAAUGUAGCUUUCAUUGAACUGGCAAAAUCGCAAUGGCUUAUUAGACUCUCAAAAUCAUUGCCACCAGGUAUCUUGAACAACUAUUGGCCACCAUGUCCAUAUUCCUGUCGAGAGGCAUCACAACAUCUACGCAUAAUGCAUAAGAGAUGGAAGGGCCGUUGUUACCGAGUAGCAUUGAGCAAGGAGAAUAAGGAGCACUUCGAAUUAAAAAUUCUCGCGGAAAAAGUAUUCAAAGGCAAGAAAAAAUCUUAUGCAAAGAGUUUAGGCCCGAGAUUCGUAACCAACCGUCUCGGCGAGGAGCAUAAAGCUCUAAGGCACAGUUUCACCAAUAAUAUUCUGCCUUCUGGAGAAAAUAUAAAAUACGUUACUCCCGUUAUCAAGUAUGAUCGGCAUGGUUAUAAACCACGUGAGAGAGUACUUAUUCUGACGCAGAAUGCCGUGUAUAUCCUCGAUACGCUUAAAACGUUCAAACUUAAGCACCGUUUGCCUUACAAAGCCAUUGAGGAGCUUGUCGUUACCGGAGAAUCCGAUAAUUUACUCAUCGUCAGGAUACCACCUGAGUUAAAAAAAGAUAAGGGUGAUCUAAUUUUGGAAGUUCCGCAUAUCAUAGAAGCUCUGACGAAAGCAAUCGAUAUCACUAGCAAUCCGAAUAUUCUCAAAAUCGUAAAUACCGAAUCUGUAUCCCAUAAGCUAGUCAGUGGUAAAGAGGGAGUCAUCGAAUUCAAAACUGGUACCACCCCGGCGAUCAGUAAAAAUCGACAGAGCGGACACUUAUUAGUGGUCGCUUCUCCAUAAUACCACAUCUCCAAACCAGAUCUCUUGAGAAAGAGCAACACUUAUGCAAAAUGAGUAAAUGAAGCAAGUGCUAUGACGCCUAGAGCAGCCUUAAUCUAAUGUGAUUUAGUACAGAAGCGACAGAAUAUUAAGAAGAGAUAAUAUAUAAAACUUUAACACAUACGUUGAACUAUCAUGUCAGUUUGAUACAUAACUUAUUACAUAACAGUGAUUAUGUAAUUAAUUUAAUACGUGAAACAGCAGGUCUGAUUGUUUUAGUUGCGUUUUUUCAGUAUUUCUUUCUGCAUUUAACAAAUUUUAAUUUUACUUUGAAAAAAGAGAAAACGAAUCAAAUGAAAGAGCAAAUGAUAGAGAAAGCAGAAAAACAAAAGAACAUGGUAUAAAUUGAAACCAGCAGACCUAGUGUUUGUAAUAAUGAAUAGGUUGAACAAAUGUGCCUUGAACUCUCAUUGCCUAAAUUAUUUGUUAAAAGUUCAAGAGACUCUUGUUUUUGUCUCUUAUAACUUCUUUUAAUGUUUUAGUUACCGAUCAUUUUUUAAUUUUUGCAUUAAAAAAUGACUCGUAUAUAUUUGAAAGAGUGAAAUAAACUUAUACGGUGUAAUUACAUAGAGCAGUAGAGAGUUGAAAGAUAUUGUACUAUCUUUACAGUGUGUAAGGUCACAUUUAAGUUGUUUUAGAAAGAAACAAAAGUGCCAUAAGGCCUCCUGUACAAUAUUCUCUGUGUAAAACAUUGUUAGGCUGUAAAUUAGGUGACAAUUGAUAUUUAUUUUAAUAGAGGAAAAAAGUUGAGAGUUCACUUGUCAUUAAGUUAUAUGCGUGUUAUUCAAGUAUGAUCUAAGUUUUAAUCAAUGCGAGUGCAAUAAAUGCAAGAGCAAAGCUUUCACUUA